AUGCGCUACUCUACCCUCGUCGUUGGCCUCCUGGCCGAGAUCGCCUCUUCGGCGUUUGUCGCUCCCGUCGAGCUCGCUGCCUCUGCCUGCACACUGCCCUCUGAAUUCACCAUCAAGAGCUUCACAACCUUUAGCGAGCAAACAAACGGCACAUAUGACUCCAUCUCGUUCCACUUCACAGACGCUGGCACCGGCAUCGACACCAGUUGCGAGCAGAACUCGACUUCGGUAUCCACAAGUCCCAAUGGCGGUACUGCUCGGUACUAUUGCGACGACGAAAACGUUCAAUUCAUCUACCAGACCACUGGGAUCGUAGGAUUGACAAUGAUUGAGAAGGCUUGUCCCGAUAGUGACUCGGGGGCAAAGUACGAGGCUUCUGGCAAUGCUCAGUUUAACCUGACUUGCACAAGCGCCUACGGAGGCCAGACGUGUACGACUAAUGUAACAACAACUGAGGAGUUCUCGGCCAUCAACCCCAUCAGCAGCUAA